AUGCGCUCCCUCCUGUUCUCGCUGGGGCUUUUUGUCGUCGCCACCCAGGCAGCCUCCCGCCGUGAUACGGCCGUCGCGUCGGGUGUUGACGCGUACAAGGACAACUGCAAGCCAAAGGCUACGGGCGGCUGCGCGUGCGAGGUGAAAUGGGGCGACGAAGUGGAGACGCGCAACUUUUACACCGACUCCGAGUGCAAAAAGUCGGUUGAGCAACAAACGGUCGAGCACAAGUCGGCGCUGAACAAGGAGAUCCAGCAGAAAUUCGGCGGGUUCAAGGACAACUGCUUCCCCAGGCCGUCCGGCGGCUGCAAAUGCCAGGUGAACCUGGGCCGUACCGGUGAGGAGCCGACAUGGGCCGAGUUCAACACCGACGCCGAAUGCAAGAAGAGCGCCGAGGUCCAAACCGCCGAGCACAAGAAGGAGCUGAACCAGGAGAUCAAGGAGAAGUACGGCGACUUCAAGGAGAACUGCUUCCCCAAGCCGUCCGGCGGAUGCAAGUGCAACGAAAAAGACGCUAGCGGCGCCGAGGUGGUCGCCACGUACAGCGCCGACGCGCAAUGCAAGGAGUUGGUCCCGCACAACAAGCAAAAGCGUGAGGCGCCGCGCACGCAGACGCAGCCCCAGUUCAACAUCAACGCCCGCCAGCAGAACGCCAAGGACAUCGAGGAGCCGUCGCAAAACGUGCGCGACCCGGUGCGCGAGCGUGCCCAGGCCAACUACCGGGCCGUCGUCAACGAGCUGAACGAGAAGUUCAAGGGGCUGCGCGAGGGCUGCUUCCCCAGGCCGAAAGGCUGCCUCUGCGUCACCGGCAAGGACUCGAACGGCCGCGAAAUCACGAAGCGCUUCAUGAAGGACCAGGAGUGCAAAUGCACCGCUGGAUCGGCCGGAUGCCCCGUC